CAAAAAAAAAUAAACAAAAUGAUGACAAAUAAUCCUCCACACAGGCUUUUGUUACUUGUUGUAUUUGCACUGUGCAUCCUUUGCUACUCAUCAUCAGACGCAACAACUUUCGUCCCACAACACGAAGUUUCAGAUAGAUUCUUCGUACCACCAACCAAUGACCUCGCCAUAUCACCAAAUACACAAAGUAGCAAACCUAUCAAUACACAAUCCUUCCGUACUACUUCCACUCAACAACAAUGCUCAUGUCCCAAUUGUUAUUGUAAUAGUCAACAAUGUCCAAAAGCAGUAUCUGCAAAUUCCUAUCUAGUUCUCUCAGCAAUGGAAGACUGUGCUGCCAAUAAUCAAGUUCCUGCUAUUGGUCUUGUAAAUAUUCAAUCAACUUCAUCUUCAAACCAAUUCAAAUAUGGACUCGUUGAUGAGGAUAAUAAGAAUAAGGCAUUGAGUGGUCAAGGUUUUAAAUAUUAUGCCUAUAAGAGUAACUUGGAAACUGCCACUGAUUGUGUGAGUGAUAGUACACCUGCAAUUAGAGUUACUGGAAAGGCAUAUUUAAUUGCAAAAAGUUCUAAUUUACUACUGGAUACAAAUGUCAGAUUUAAUAUUCAAAUGUCUUGUGUACUUGCUCCAUUUUCAACUAUUUCAAUGAGUGUUAAACCAAUGGAUUAUUCUAGAUUUUAUGUUGGUAAGAGAAUGAUGUGGUCUUUUUCAUUUGUAAAUCAAUAUGAUAAUGUUGACACUUGGCAGAAAGGUACUUUAAUGACACCUGAUAAUGUUCUUGCAUCAGUCAAUAAUGGAGUUGCCUCUCUCAUUCAUACCCCUUCUACUGUUGGUCAAUUAUCCCUCGACCUUAAAUAUACACCUGAUUCCACAGUUUACGGAAGUAUUUUCAACUUUGCUACUAAACCAUUGGAAGUUUUCAAAAUGGCUGUUGAUGGAUCAAUUGAGGUUACUGAUAAAGUACAACUCAAAAAAGAAUUCCAAGUGAAAUACACCAUCAAGGAUAGUGAUGGAACUGUAACACCAAAGGUUGAUUUGUCAAAAUUGAGUUUUGUCUGCCCAGAAGUAGAUUUGGUUUGUGUUAAUCCAACAAGUGAUGCUGGAUCUGGGUCAAGUGUAACAUGUACUGCAGGAAAGAGCGGUAUUGCUGUCAUUUUAAUGCAAUUCGAUGGUAAAACAAUUGAUGCUUCUAGAAAUGUAGCAGUUAUAGAAAUUGAUCCAAAUGCCAAUGAUAAUGGAAAGUAUUGGAUCGACUAUCAAUCAGCAAUUGUUGCAAUGCUUGUUUUGGCUGUCAUUGUAAUUGGAAUUGUAGUAAUUGCAGGUGCUGCUGGAAUUUUCAUAUAUUUUAAAAGAAGAAGAGCUGCCCAACCUCAAAAGAUUAGAUUAUCAGAGGAUGAACAAGCUGAAGAUUUAGAGGCAUAAAUAAAUCUAUUUCUAAAGAACAUUUUAACUUCCU